UGGUGGUGGUGGUGAGGAUGAUGAAGGUGGUAUUUAAAAGCAAUACAAUGGGAAUGGUGAAGAGCAGGAAGAGUAUGCUGCUCAUGACUGACUGACGUGCCAAUGGCUGGGGUUGAAGAGGAAGAUGAAGAUGAUGGCUCUGAUUAUGUGAUGGUCACACAUGGUCAAUGGGAAUGAUGAUAAUUACUAAGAUGAUUCUGCAAACGUUUGUUAAAUGGAGCGAUGAUGAUGAAGGAGGGCGUGAUGAUUUAGACGCUUCUUAUAAAGUAGCCUGUUAGAGGUGAAGAUGAUGGAUUUCGGGGUGGAAGUAAAACUAAACAAGAUGGGGAAGGAUGAGGGGGAGGAGGAGGAGCGCGGGAAGCGGCAGGUCCUGGUCCUCGGCCUGGACGGGGCCGGGAAGAGCAGCAUGUUGCAGGGUCUGACCCCCGGGGGCUGGGCGGCUAAGAGAGGCCGCUGCCGGCCCACCCGCGGCUUCAACUUCGUGAGCCUCAACGCCCCCACCUGUCAGCUGGACUUCCUGGAGAUCGGCGGCGGGGAGGACCUGCGGCGGUACUGGUCCGACUACCUGAGGAAGACCCACGUUCUGGUGUACGUGGUGGACUCCUCCGACAGGAGCCGCCUGCCGAUGGCCAAGGCGGAGCUGCACCGCCUGCUGAUGGUGCAGCCCCAGCUGCCCGUGGUGGUCCUGGGAAACAAGCAGGACAAGCCCAACGCGGUGAGCGUGUCGGAGCUGCACGAAGCCUUGUCUCUGGGCUCCGAGACCGGGGACAGGAAGCUCUUCCUCCUGGCCGCCCAGCUGGGCUCCGAUGACACCCUGAGGGACUCCUGCCGGGGCCUGGACUCCUUCCAGGACCUCCUGCUCCAGCUCGUCUGAUCCCCCCCUCCCAGAGCAGAGAAGUAGGAAUUAUAGAGGGCUUCCUCCUCCUUCCCCUUCCUCAUUGUGAAAUGAUUGCUUAUUUGAGGCAGAGGAGGAGGAAGAGGAAGGCUGAGGGAACUCUGGCAGAGGAAUCACUGACGAAGAUGCAAAGCGUGGCAGCGCCUCCUCGUCUUCCUCCUCGCCUUCAGCUCAUCUCACCGUGGAGGAGGAGGUGCACUGCGGGGAGGAGGUAUGACUCAUAAAGUUCACCUCCUGCCAAUGAAUCAGGCAUGUGGAUUAUUCAUACAAGUGUAAAUGUGUCACGUUUUGUGGAUCCAUCUCGAGAUUUCGGCGUGUUUUGUGUUCACCGAAAAGCUCAUUUGCGCGUCGGCAGAGAGGUGAAGUUGAGCAGAUGGAGGAAUAUUCAAGGUUGCCAGGUCGGAGAGGGAUCAGUAGCGCACAAGCGUGGCGCUUUAAUCAAGUGGGUGUUUGGAAGAAGCUCGCUGAGGAUUUCGUGAGAGGUUUAAAGGGAACCAUUGACCAAAAUCCUUCUUCACUCCCCUUUUCGGCCGUGCGUUGAAUCCCAAAAAAAACCCCUCAAUGGCAGUUACAUUGUCUCACAUGUAAGCCUACGUAGUGUCACAUUUCUUAACCCGAUGACACUUCGCAUACAACUAUAAUAACAGGACUCACACAAAGUCAUCGUUCAAAAGGAAGGACGCUCCCACAUUUAGAAGCUAAAGCAAAUGUGCUGCCCGUCCUUUCCUCCCUCACACAAACAUGGGCCCUCGUCUGGUCUCCUUAAAAGACUUUUAAGUUCGAAGGAGGCGUGUUUCCGUCCACACGUUGAAGGCUUUUUUAGAAGCCGUAUGGCUGGAUGUGGCUUUUUGCAGCGUUAUGGAAAGUAAUGGCCUUUGUCUGAAAUGUCCGCUGAAGCUUCUACUCCUAAGAGACGAAAACCAGCAGCUCCUUCUCUAAAAGGCGGGACGGAUUUCUAUAUUUUAUUUACAGCUGCACAGCUUUUCAUUUGCAUUUUCUGCCCUAAUUUGUGAAACCUUUGAAUGGCAACCGUCUAAUGAGAAGCUGGUGAAGCACAUCCUUGACUGUAUAAAGGCAGACGCGAGUGACUUUAAUCUGGAGUGAGAAUCUGAUCUGUACUGUGCACAAAUGUUUGCUUAUGAUGCACAUGUUGUUUUAUUCCUUCUGAUGUGCUGCAGCUCUGCAGUAACGUACAUUUCUUUUUUAUAACUAUAGACUGUCAUUCUUGUUUUGAGGUGUUAUGUAAAUCAAACUGCAUGUCUGAUGCUUUAUGCUUUAUUCUCUUUUAAACGUCAUGAAAGGGUC